CCCAUGUUUUAUUUAAACGUAUGAUCUCUCUCCCACCUCCAAAACCCUAAAAUCCAUUGCCCUCCAUCUCUCAAGUUUCAACCUUCUCUUUCAAAAACUCUCCAAAAAAAGCCCCUCUAAUAUGAUUUCCCACGCUAUAUUUGUCCUCAGCUUCAUGGAAAACCAUCUGUUAAUGCUCCUAACAAACCACCCGAAGCUUAAUUUCAUGCUCCAAGUAACACUGUGCCUAGCCCUAAUGGCCUUCAUGUUAAACCUUUUCAUGGCAAACCCUUGUCGGAAAGUCUACUUACUAGACUUCGCAUGCUACAAACCAGCCAACUCUUUACAAUGCACUAAAGAAAUGUUCUUGGAGCGGUGCAGACGAUUCGGGAACUUCUCCGAGGACAGCCUGGAUUUCAUUAAAAAAACGUUAGAGCGAUCGGGACUGGGCGAAUCCACAUACUUACCUGAGGGAUUGGUGAGGUUUUACCCUCCGAAUACCUGCAUGGCAGAGGCGAGAAAAGAGGCCGAGAUGGUGAUGUUCGGAGCUGUGGACGAGUUACUAGCCAAGACUGGACUGAAGGGUAAGGAGAUAGGGAUAGUGGUGGUGAAUUGCACUAUCUUUAACCCGGUGCCAUCUCUCUCUUCCAUGAUUGUGAAUAGAUACAAGCUUGGUGAGAAUGUUUUGAGCUACAAUCUUGGUGGGAUGGGUUGCAGCGGCGGAGUCAGAGCCAUAUCCCUUGCCAAACACCUCCUUCAGGUGCACCAUAACUCCUAUGCACUAGUGCUGAGUACAGAGAACAUCACCCCAAAUUGCUACAUGGGCCAUGAUCGAUCCAAGAUUCUUAUCAACUGCCUGUUCCGUGUGGGCGCGGCCGCCAUCCUCCUCUCCAACCGGCCUUCCGACCGCCGCUGCUCAAAGUACCAGCUCAUCCACACCGUCGACACCCACACGGCAAGCUCCGACCGUUCCUACAACUGCAUAUUCCAAGAAGAGGACCGUGAAGGCCACAUGGGUGUCACAGUCAGCAAAGAUCUCCUGGCCGUCGCCACCAUAGCCAUCAACUCCAACUUAGCCUCGCUGGGCCGCCUGAUCCUCCCCGCAUCGGAAAAGCUCCGAUUUCUUGCAAACUACAUAAUCCGAUACUUCCACGUGGCAAACAUCGAGCCGUACGUGCCAAAUUUCAAGAGCGCGUUUGAUCACUUUCUUCCUCAUCCUGGUGGGAAGCCUGUACUGGACGAAGUGGAGAGAAACCUGAAAAUAAGUGAGAUUCAAAUGGAAGCAUCUAGAAUGACACUGUAUAGAUUUGGGAAUGUCUCCAGUAGUACAGUGUGGUAUGAGCUAGCCUACACCGAGGCCAAGGGUAGGGUUAAGAGGGGUGAUCGUGUGUGGCAGAUUGCAUUUGGGUCGGGGUUCAAGUGCACUAGUCUCAUCUGGAAGGCGAUGAGGACCGUUGAUAGUGGGGAAAAAAUGAAUCCUUGGAGCGAUGAGAUUGAUGAGUUUCCAGUGGUGCAGCCGCAGAGCACAGGAUCAUUCUCCUUCUUUUUUGAGUCGUUCGAACCAACAUGAUUGUGAUGAUCAUGAUCUGUUGUAAACUCGUAAUGGGUGCUGUUUGAUCAAGCCGUUCCUUUUUUCUUUUUCUUUUUUUUUUCUUUUUUUAAUUUUCGUAUUUGUA